AUGUUCUGUCCCAGGCGUUUUGGUACCAAAUGCACGGCCUGCCAGCAGGGAAUUCCUCCAACCCAGGUGGUACGGAAAGCCCAGGACUUUGUCUAUCAUCUGCAUUGCUUUGCCUGUAUCAUCUGCAACCGUCAACUGGCCACGGGUGAUGAAUUCUACCUCAUGGAAGACGGGCGCCUGGUCUGCAAAGAGGACUACGAGACAGCCAAACAGAAUGAUGAUUCAGAAGCUGGAGCUAAGCGGCCACGAACCACCAUCACAGCCAAACAGUUGGAAACGUUAAAAAAUGCCUAUAAGAACUCCCCCAAACCUGCCAGGCACGUACGGGAGCAGUUGUCCUCAGAAACAGGUCUGGACAUGAGGGUGGUGCAGGUUUGGUUUCAAAAUAGGAGAGCCAAAGAGAAACGUCUGAAGAAGGAUGCCGGGCGGCACCGUUGGGGACAGUUCUACAAGACUGUGAAGAGGAACCGCAGUGGCAGCAAACAUGAGAAGGAGAGCUCCGCGGAGGACUGUGGGGUUAGCGACAGCGAGCUGAGCUUCCGAGAAGAUCAGAUCCUCUCAGAGCUUGGCCACACCAAUAGAAUUUACGGCAAUGUUGGGGAUGUUGCUAGUGGACAGUUAAUGAAUGGAAGCUUCUCCAUGGAUGGGACAGGACAAUCUUAUCAGGACUUGAGGGAUGGAAGUCCCUAUGGAAUUCCUCAGUCUCCGUCCUCUAUAUCAUCCCUUCCUUCCCAUACUCCCUUGCUUAAUGGUCUGGAUUACACAAUGGACAAUAAUUUAGGAAUUAUAGCACAUGGAGGGCAGGGGGUGAGCCAGACGCUAAGGGCAAUGGCUGGGGGACCAACCUCUGAUAUUUCUACAGGAAGCAGUGUAGGCUACCCAGACUUUCCAACGAGCCCUGCCUCUUGGCUGGAUGACAUGGAUCAUCCUCCUUUUUAA